AUGGGAUUUGACCUGGGCCAUGUCCUGCCAGCUCUGACGGUGUGGAAAAUCCUUACCGGUCUCUUGCUUGUGUACUUGGUCUGCUUCUCCUGUUGGAUUAUUUACACCCUCCUCUUCCACCCGCUGAGUCGGUACCCGGGUCCCAAAUUGGCAGCCAUCUCCCCUCUGGUGCACCUUCUCUGGGAUAUCAAAGGUCAGCAGCACUCAAUCAUCAGGUCCCUGCACGAUAAGUACGGCGAAGUUGUUCGCAUCGCCCCGAACUCGCUUGCCUAUCGUGCUGCGCCUGCUUGGAGAGACAUUUACGGCCAUCGUAAGAAGGGACAGAAGAUCUUUCUCAAGGACCCUUCAUUGUAUGCACCCACGCCAAAUGGAGUCAAUGCUAUCAUCACCGCGAACGAAGAUGACCAUGCACGUAUGCGUCGGCUGCUGACGCAUGCUUUCUCCAACAAGGCCCUCCGCGAGCAGGAAGGUAUUCUGCACACCUACGUCGACAUGCUGAUCCAAAGACUUCAAAAAUUGCUUGAUGGACCGCACGGCCAGGCCAUUGAUCUCACCCGCUGGUUUAAUUUCAUCACCUUCGACCUGAUUGGCGACCUUGCGUUUGGAGAGCCAUUCGACUGUCUCGACAGCAGCAAGUAUCAUUGGUGGAUCCUGAUCAUCCUGGAUGCUGUCAAAGCCAGCGCAUAUCUGAAGGUCUUUUGGUUCUAUCCCCUGUUACUUCCUCUGGUUGAGAUUCUGGUCCCGCGUCAUCUACUCAAGAAACGAACAGAGAGUUUCGCUCUGAGUGUGGAGAAGGUGCAGCGGCGUCUCAAGUGUGGAACUACACGUCCGGAUUUUACCUCGUACAUCCUCAAGCACAGCAAAACUAGGAAAGGGUUAACCCCGUCUGAAAUAGACGCUAAUGCUGCCGUCUUUGUUCUAGCUGGCAGCGAGACCACCGCCGCUCUCAUCUCGGGCUGCACGUAUUAUCUCCUUCGGCAUCGUGACAAGUACACCCGUCUGAUGAGCGAGAUACGCGGCGCCUUCGAGAAGGAGUCCGAUAUCACGCUCGCGUCCAUUGCGGAGCUGCCCUAUCUUAAUGCCGUCCUGAAUGAAUCUCUCCGCAUCUAUCCUCCUAUUCCAGCUAUGCUGCCUCGUUUGGUUCCUGAAGGCGGCGCUGUAAUCAAUGACCAGUACGUGCCUGGUGGAGUCUCGGUCUCAAUUUCCCUCUACUCUGCCUUCCACUCGCACACCAACUUCAAGGAUCCUGACGUAUUCAUCCCGGAACGCUGGUUGGACGAAACCUCUGACUUCGCGGCUGACAAGAAGGAGGCAUUUCAGCCGUUCUCAUAUGGUCCGCGAAACUGCUUGGGACAGCACCUCGCCAAUGCGGAGAUGCGUCUCAUCCUCACCAAACUAUUCUGGCACUUUGACCUCAAUCUCUUACCUGAGUCUAUGAACUGGAUCAACCAAAAGUCAUACUCGCUUUGGAGCCGCCCUGCACUGAUGGUGAAGCUUUUCUGGGCCGGGGCUGAGGCAGCAUGA